GGACCCCCCCCCCCCGUGCGUGUCGAUGCAGAUUCCGGGGGCCCCGUACGCGGCUAUGCAGGUUCCGGGGCCACGCGCGUGUCGAUGCAGAUUCCGGGGGCCGCGUGCGUGUGGCGAGGAUGGCGGCAGCGGCUGCUGCGUGCACGCUGAGGCUGGCGCCGCGCAAGGACAGCUUCCUGAGCGUCCCCUCCUGCCUGGCGCACAGCCUGCACCUGCAGCAGGGCCACGUGGUUGUGAUGAGCUGGGGCACAGGACAGGAGGCCUUCCUGGGCUGGCUGUGCCAGGGCCUGGCUGCACAGCACGACCAAAUGGUGGAAAUUGGUACCACCGUGGCUUUCCACCUGAACCUACGCGACGGUCAAGAGGUACUGCUGACAGUGCUCAGAGACGUCCCCUCCUGCCAGCAGGUUUUACUGGAGCCUUUAACCUUGGACGAUUGGGAAAUCUUGGAACUACAUGCGGCACAGCUGGAGGAACAGCUGCUCAAUCAAGUUCGUGUGGUCUACGUCGGAAUGACUUUAUCCCUGUGGAUCAAUCAGUCCGUUCUGGUUAACACCCGAGUAGUGUCACUGAUGCCCUUCAGUAACUACGGGAGGCUGGAGGUGGACACGAGGCUUCUGGUGGAGCCCAAGUAUCGGCACGAUGUGACGGAGCAAGACAUGGGGACCUCGGCGAUCGCGAACACCGGCGGGGUCGGCGGCGGGGCAGCGAACGUCCGCGACGAUACUUCGGCGGGGAGCGACGAAGCACGGUCGGGAAGGAGCUCCGCACACGUGGACUCGGCUUCCAAGAGCAACACGGAGGCAGGAGGUGGCGUGGCGGCAAGGAGCCAGCCGGAUCUGUGGAGCUCCAUGUGGAGCUGGUUUACGAGUGCGCUCUGGCAGCGAGGUGACGUGUCGACUCUCGCAGGGGCGGUGGCCGAGGAUAAAACGGUGUCCCGGUGGAGACCUUCGGACUUCGACGGCGUGUACCGGGUCACGAGGGUAGCGCCGGCGACUCGGGGCGGGCGCGGCCAACCGCAGGCGCCCAACGCGGUCUUUGUGUUUCCCUCCUGGGUGCGCGAGGGAAACGUGGCCACGUGGUUCGCCGAAAUAUCCAGACUUGCCUCGCCAAAAGAGCGAAAGGAGAAGGCGAAGAAGAGAAGCGCGGCGUCAAAGGGUGACGGGAAAAAGUCGCCGAGCGAGGAGGAGGAGGAGCGAGAGGACCGCGGUGCUGUGCCGUGCGUCGUCAGGGCCACGGUGAUACAGCCCGGCAACCGAGCAGGCGACUGUGAAGGAUGCGAUUCGAAUUGGGCGAUCGAGCACGGGAGUCGCUCGCAGCUGCACACGGGAAUGAUAUGGGUGCCAGAGCUGCUGAGGUCCAGGCUUCAGCUGGAGGCCUCUUCCACAGUCCAACUGAAGGCAGCCACAUCCCAACCUGCAGUGGCCUUGGCUGUGGAGUUACAGCCACUUCUGCCUUUGGACGCGUCCGUGUGUGAAGACACCGUGUACCAGUCCUGGCUGUCCUGGCUUAAACUCUGCUGCACGGACACUCACGGCAUUCCCACCGCGAAGUGCAACGAAGUGGAGCUCAACAUCUCAGGGCAGCUGAAGACGUUUUCAUUGGCUGUGGUGAAACACAAAAGGAUAUCAAGCGACCACGAGCCAUCGUAUUUCAUUCUGUCGCACAAGUGUCUGUUUAGAUCAUCAGUCAAGGUUACCCUGUGUCCAAGUGAGAAGGGCCGGGUUAUCCGCAAGCAAACCGAAGACUUUGACCACAGACUGCCUUUCAUUCCGCUGGAGCGUUUGGGCGGCGUUGAGCGGGCGGGGAGACGGGGCGAACUGCACGUGCUGCAGAGCCUCGGGUGGGGCCACCUCUUCGGCUGCCUGGGGGCUCCAUGGGGACUUCAAAAUGGUGGGCUCCUCAUCACGGGCCCCAAGGGCUCUGGAAAGACAGCCCUGGCGAGGGCCAUCUGCAAGCAGGCUGCAGAGAGGCUUGAUGGGCACGUGGAGAUCAUAAACUGCAAGUCCCUGAGAGGGAAAGCGACGGAGACGAUCGCCGGCGUUUUGGAAGGGGCGAUGAGAGAGGCGGUGUGGAGGCAGCCGUCGCUGCUGCUCCUGGACGACCUGCACCUCGUGCUGGGCUCGACCUCCAACUUCGGGCCCGAAAACAAUCCGGAGGACAACCAGGCCCUGCAGCUGACGGAGGUGUUCAAACAGCUGUUGUGCGCGGAGAUGUCGCAGAGGAGCGUGGUGGCACUGGUGUGCACCGCAGAGUCGGAGGGGGCGCUGCACCGCUCGCUCGUCUCCGCUCAGGGCCUCCACGUGUUCCAGCUGGGGCACGACGUGGCCCCCCUCACGCGGGAGGACGGCCAGGAGCUCCUGGCAGCCGUCGUUCGCAACAAGUCGAGCGUCUCUGAGCGGGGACUGAGUUGCGCAGAGCUGCAAGAGGUGGCCAAGCUCACGGGCGGCUUCCUCGCUCGGGACGUCGUGCAGCUGGUGGAGCGGGCAGUGCACGCCCACCUGCAGGCCAACGCGCCGCCCCACGGGCAUGGCACGCCGCAGGGGCUAAACCUGAGCACAGAGGACUUGAGGGCAGCUUUGCGUGGAUUCACGCCGUCCUCCCUACGCAAUGCGAACCUCCACGAGCCCUCGGGCCUGGGCUGGGACAGCGUGGGCGGCCUGGUCGCCGUCAAGCAGGUCCUCAUGGACACUGUGCAACUGCCGGCCAAGUACCCUGCGCUGUUCGAGAGGCUGCCGAUCAGACAGCAGACGGGGGUCCUGCUGUACGGCGCCCCCGGCACUGGGAAGACCCUCCUGGCCGCGGCGGUUGCUCACGAGAGUGGCAUGAACUUCAUCAGCAUCAAGGGCCCGGAGCUGCUGAAUAAGUACGUGGGAUCGAGCGAGCAGGCCGUCAGGGACGUUUUUAAGAGGGCCCAGGCCGCGAAGCCGUGCAUUCUGUUUUUUGACGAGUUUGAUUCGCUUGCUCCGCGCCGCGGUCACGACAACACGGGCGUGACGGACCGCGUGGUGAACCAACUGCUCACCCAGCUGGACGGCGUGGAGGGACUGCACGGAGUGUACGUGCUGGCUGCCUCCAGCCGCCCGGACCUGAUUGACCCAGCCCUGCUGCGUCCGGGCCGACUCGACCAAACGCUCUUCUGUCCGCCUCCCUCACUGGAGGAGCGUCUGGAGAUCCUUCACGUGCUGAGCCGGCCCCUGGUGUUUGCCGAGGACGCUUGCCUGCAGCAGGUGGCUGAGCAGACGGCGGGGUUCACGGGAGCCGACCUCAAGGCCCUGCUCUACAACGCCCAAAUGGAGGCCAUCAACAGCCUGCAGGCCGACUCCUUUGUCGUCAACAACAACAACAAGCAGGAGGGGGGCGCGGCGGGGAGCGAGACGGACAGCCUCUCCUCCAUGCUAUUCCCCGCGACGAGCGGCGGGUCUGAAGAGUCUGGGCCCGAGUCGGGCCUGGAGCCGUCGCUCACCUCGCUGGAUGCCUGUGAGCUGCUGCCCACUGCCGAGGAGCUGCCCCUCCCCGACGUCUGGAGGCUUUACUUCGGCAGCUCCUACGAGUCCGAGAUGGGCAAUGGACUCUCCUCGGAGCUGGCCACGCAGGAAGCAUCCCUGAAGCAGCAGCUGCAGUGGGCGCUGGGCCAGUCGGUGCUGUACAUGCCGUCCCUGCAGCAAGGCUUCUGUGAGCUGAGUCCAACGGAGACCGAUUCCCGCCGCGCUGAGCUCUCUCUCAUCAUCGAGAACGGACGCGCUGUCCACGGUGUGGACAUAAAGAACGGUGAAACACAAGCUGAUAAUGAGAAGACAAUGAAGAGACUGCAGAUCAAGCAAUCCCAUCUGCUGGCUGCGUUGGCGAGCACAUGUCCUUCGAUCUCCAGUGAAGACUGGGCAGUAUUUAACAAGUUAUACAAAAACAUCAGAGGCUGCCAAGAGAACAGUGAAGGCGACAGGACUCGUUCCCCUCUCCAAAGAGUCACCCUCGCUUAACCGAUGAUGCUUCACACUCGAGCGGUUGCAUUGACGGUGGUGUCGGCACACAGGGCAAAGCACCCGUUACGACAGCCAUCAGAUUCUAAAUUGAGAACUCAUUUCUUUAGAGCCACUUUUUGUGUUUAGUGUUGUUUUCCUUUCCCCGCACCUCUGAUUAGCACGUUUGGCUACGUACGGUGCGAAAGAAGUUCCGUGUACAUACGUAUUAACACUGACGGAUAACAAAAAUAUCGUGACACAGGCCACGUAAUGAUCAACGUCGGAUCUAAUUGAUUCAUUUGGUUGUGAGAAAUGUUCUUCCAACUCAUCGUUGGCAUGUCGUCAAACGCUUGACCACCACGUGAAAAUUCCUUAGGCUGUGUCAGGUGGCGGAGGGUGCUGUGGUAGAAACUUGGCCAGAUCAUCACACAGCCCCAAAUCCAAUAAUCAAUUUUGAAAAAUAUCUUGGCUGCUGUUGGCUUUUUAUGAGCGCAGAGGGGAAAGCGGCGCAUUUUUAGUUGUAGUGUUGAAACUGCGCUUUACAAGGUAUUGAAUACAUUUUGGAUAAUUGCUGACAGUUUUCUAUUGUCAGAUACCGGGUAUCAGAAAAAGAUUAAGUUUAUUGUUUUAAAAUAAGGAUAUAUAACACUCUACGAUGUAAUAAUUUUGCUAUCGAAGGUGCAGUAGGUGAUGACAGUAGUGUGUUGGCUGGCAGAAUUUGGGGCUACUGAUUGGUCUGCUAUCGCAGUUAGCCUUAUUGUAAUCGAUUAUUGAUAGGGAUGUGAUGCGUGGAGCUCUUUCAGCUAUGAUUGUGCCUCUAUUUAGCAGAAUGACGGGUCUUUUAAUAUAUCAGUUGUUUAAAAUUGUGCUCUCGUGUUUAAAACAUAAUUUAAUCACUGCUCACGUUUCCCUUUCAAUCUGCUCAAUAAGAGCCAUUACUUGAAACGGUGCUACAAGGUAGUAUUAAUGACAACGUUCAAAACAAAACAGACAAGCUAGGAAGGCUGCCAGGCGGUGAGCCGGCACCAACAAUUGCUCUGUAGUUCUCUAUUAAGAUAAUUUUCAGCCAAUAUGUGGUGUUUAUUAUACAUGUGGCAGAAAUAUGGAGCAUUUGGAGAAAACCCACACAUGUUGUGAAGGGGCAACACCCUAUUUCCAUACAACUCCGAUUUGCACGGUUGGCUACGUACGGCGCGAAAGAAGUUCAGCAUAAAUGCAUUCAAUGUACAGAUUAUAUCAGUGUGCACGUUGCUGUUCUGCAUCCUGCUGGCGGGCCCCAGGGUACUUGCACCUUGAUACCCACGGGAAGGGAGUCUCGCUCCGUUUUGUCAUUCGUGAGAUCCACCAAACCCUAGCGGCAUCCACAGUGCUGGAUGACAAGCCACGUGGCUAGCCACCGCUGCCAGGCGGUGUUGAGGUUGCUCUUAGUUUCGCUGACAAAACUCUCACACCCAAACUGCCUCGGUGAGGAGUAUAUGAAAAAUAGGCUGCCCGUGCCGCGCAAGCAAAUACGCCAAUAUAGCAUGGGUCCUAUGUAAUGUUUUUAAAAUGAUCUUUUAAAGUUUAACUGCAAGACCGGGUAAUUAUUUUCAGAAUUGUAAAUAGUAAAACUCUGACUUGUACAUUGUAUUUAGUAAUUUGCAGACGAUAUGAUGUAUCUGAUAACUUAAUUAUAACAAAAAAACACGUCUUCAGAUUUACAGAUAAUUUAAACGUUACGUUUACAAUUUCAUCUUCUGGAAUGCACUGAUAAUAAAUAAUUUUCAAUGAUG